AACCAAGUGGCCAAUCCUCUUCCAGCUUCCAGUUACAGACAUACGUAUCAUUUAUCAGAAUACAGCAUCGCUUACAUCGCUAGUAACUUUGCAAAUUCGCGGUGUGCAUUGGCUUGGACAAGAGACUGAGCUGCCCGUUCCCAAUUGACCAUGGCCCAUAUGGCCAUGGUUGGGGCGUGGCCACAAGCAAAUAGAUUGCCUCCUAGCACAGCUUGCAAAUCACUAGCUUCGCCGCCGCGAAUGGUCCAUACAUGUAGCACGUCAACUCCCUCUGGGCUAGCAAUCGGCUGUCAUCGGUUACAAGGAUUACCUGCUGGGAACUUGCCGUUCCAGCGACCGCUGCGCUCGUUUGGGUCGCAGCGGCAUGCCCCUCGUCGCGACUUGCGCUCUGUGUCGACAAACUUAGCGCAGACACGACACUUCAACACAAACUUUGAUCCCUCCAAAUCGAACAUUCCCAAGGAGUACAAUUUUGUCCAACCGCUCUCCGCCGGUGUUGUGACACCAUCCGAAGGUGAUGGCACCCCACUUGGCGUCCUCGAUGUUGGGCCCUACGUGGAGUUUGACCCAGCCAAGGAGGACAUCCCAAAGAACUACUGGCGCGGCCCCGCACCGGCCGGCAGCUUUACCAUCGGCAACAAAUACGCGCAGCGGACGCGUCUGACGCCCCUGCGUGUACCCGAGCUGGGAGCCACCGGGCCCCGAAACCCCCUGGAGCGGAUCCUCUCCCCUUUCCCCAAGGAGGAGUACUACGCCGUUGAGAUGGACCUGAACUACGGUCGGGAGUGGCCCCGUCUGGUGUGGGAGGAGGGGCGGCCGGUGCUGCGGCCCGGCUUCCUGGCUCCCUCCCUGGACCCCGCCUUCCCCGCCUACUGGCUGCACCGGGGCAUCGCCAGAUUCCAGCUGGGCACCGCAGACGGGGUGCUGCAGUUCAUCGUCGGCGCUGCCUACCUCGCCACCCUCGCCCUCCUCGCGGCCGGCCUCUACACCGUCCGCCCCGCGCUCCUCGCCGCAGUGGCCGUCAGCUGGGCUCGCAACUCGCUGUCCCUGGCCAAAUGGGCCCUGCUUGCCGUACUAACGGCAACCGACCGGCUGUACCUGUACUGGGUUUUCCUGGCGGGCAAGAUUGUGGACGGGGUGUUUGAGCGACAUAUCCCGGAGGUUCGGAACUUUUGCUGGGCGUGUUUCGCGCUGUGGGGGGUGUAUCUGGGGUUGAGUCCGGCGAGUUGGCCGCUGCUGCCGGGAAUUACGCUGUGAGGAGAGUUGCGGUUUGGGGUUUUGGUGAGGGGAAUGCAGGAAGGAGUUUGGCAGCGAGGAUGAGGUUUGGACGAGUUGAAGGGAUGAGAGGAGGUUGACGGGGUAAUGAGGAUGAGCAGGUGUGAGGGCAUGGUGAUUGCAGGGUUUCACCUGCAUGGGAUGCGGGUCUUGUCCUGCCGCAGGUGUGAUGAGGGCGGCUGCAGUAGUGCCCCCUGCUUAUGUGGUCGCAUGCAUGCUAGGAUUCGUGCCGUAACGUUGGCUCAGACGUGUGCUUGUGACUCAGCUGUUGCCCGAUAAAGCACUUUGUUUGGGGUUAGGGUUGCCAUGCGGUGAUGGUAAGGCAUCUGUCGCUUCGGAGCCUGGUGUCGUCUGCCUCAGGCUUUGGAGUCUGCAGGUUUGCACAUGGCUAGUUCUCCCUAUGCAUUCACGUGUAUUGUGCACUUGUGGGCCCCAUAUCGCUUGAGGUUGAGCGCUGCGUUAUAUCUUGAGUGUGACCCGGUCGCUGGCCGUCCAAUGUACACUGAAAUCCGGUCAUAUGUAAAAGCCGGGAGGCCA